AUGGCGUUGUCUACUCGAAAUGGAAAGCGCAGACAAUUCGAAGAUGGUGUUGGUCCCUUUGAGAAGAGGAAGAGGUCUUGUUCUAGGGUUUCUGAGCCCAAACGGAAUGAAGCCGUGGAGGAAAAGCCGACUGCUUGUCUUCCUCUGCGCAAGUCUUCGUCACCCAAACAGGGCAAGAAAAUCAUCCCUUUGGCUUCGUCUGCUAGAAAGCCUAGACAAUCCGAGGAGGAAUUGGGUUUUGAUGGUCUCUGUCAGACCCAGAAGAGCAAGAGGCAAAAACUGGGUUUUGACUGCAAAGAGACGAUGUAUUGUUCUAAAGUCUUGGUUUAUCUGAUGAAUCUCCCCCAUGCGAGGUGUUUCGAGAAGCCUGUUGUCGAUCCUGUGGCCGAGAAUUUGCCUGGUUAUUUCGAAGAAAUCUGGAGGCCUAUGGAUUUCGGUACUGUGAAAUCCAAAUUGGAGAGGGGUGCCUACUCCAGCGCUGAUGGCUUUGCUGCUGAUGUCAGGCUUAUCUUCUCCAACGCUUUCAGAUAUUAUCCGCUUGGGAGGAAAGAGCGUGCAGCAGCCAAGCAUCUCAAUGGGGUUUUUGAGACCAAGUGGAAAGAAGCUGUGGAGAAAAAGUCAAAGGCUGUUUGUCCUUAUCCUCUGCCCAAAGUUGAGGGUUUGUCACCCAAACUGAAGCAGGGCAAGAGCUCUUCUCCUUCCAGGGUUAAUCUUCAAAGUCAAGGGCUUGGGGUUUCCCAUUCAACCAAAGAUGAUGACUUGGCCACCCUUGUUCAACAUGCCAUGGAUCAGGCCUCAGAGAAUCUUUAUCCAUGUGGGGCUAGUCGAAUUCAGUUACUAAAGCUACAAUUUUCAGAUACGAUAUUAAAAGCCAACAAGACACUUAAGGGGCUACCUGAUUCUCCACCAAGGACAAAAUUGAUGCAGCGGAUGAAGCAAAGGAAAUUGGCUCGCCGUGCCAUUUUGAACUUGGAGAAGUCAGUGCAAUUUGAGGACUCUUUACAGGAUCUCAAACAACUUGAGAUGCUGUGUGGCUGUGGCAGUGGAGAUACUUUUCUACAGGUACACCUUGGAUUGCCGCUUAAGAAGUUGGGUCUAUACCUCAAGGAAGACGAUGAAUUGCAAGGUCAGGAUGGGAAGACCUUUUUGAAUGGAGAUUAG